AUGUCUCAACAAAAUAUUCAACAAAUUUGUUCAGCUUGUUUCAAACAUAUUACAACUUGGAGAAAUAUUACAGAUGAUUUUAAAAAUAAAAUUGAUAAUUGUCCUGAUAGAGAAUUUUAUCAAGAUCUUAAACCUGGAUUUGAUAAAUUAUGUUCUAUUUGCUAUAAUCAAAUUGCAGAUUCUUAUCAGCGUCAAAUAUCUACAAUAAAUAGAAUCAAAAAAUCAACUAGUAGAAUUAAUGAAUCUAAUGUUUCUAUGGACUUAAUGGAAACUGAUAAUUUAGUAAAUUUAAUAGAAGUAAUUAAAACUCAAAAAGAAGAAUUAAUUUAUGAAAAUAAAUUAAAUGAAAUUAAUCAACAAAUUACAAAUAUUGAAAUUAGCAUAACUGAUGAUACAAUUUCAAUGAAUAAAGAAAAUUUUAAUCAGUUGAUUAAAUUAAUUAUUCAAAAGGAUUUAAAAAUAGAAGCAUUAACUGAUCAAAAUCAUCAAAACAAUUUAAUAUUAACUAAUAUCUUUUAUUGCUUUAAUAUUGAUGAUUUUCAUGAUAUUCAUGGAAACCGUAGACCAAAUACAACAUCACUUAGUACUGUAAAUCAUAUGGCAACAUGUGUAGCAAAGCCAAUUAUCAAUACAACUCCAGCUUUGGCAAUUAUAAAUAAUAAUUUAUUUAAUAAUUGCUCAUUUUUUAAUCCACAUAAUAUUGAUGACACAUCUAUUAUAAAAUAUUUAUAUAAUAAUAUUAAGGGUUCAUUUGAUAUAAGUUAUAAUACACAAAAAUUAAAUUGGAUUGCUAAUAAUAUUGAAUUUAACAAUCAAGAUCAAAUUGAAUUGCUUACUAUACAUAUUUAUGAUGAUGCAAUAAGUGAACGUAAAGAGGAAAGAUCAAUGAAAAAUAUAAAAAUAAUUGGUGUACAAAAACAAAAUUUAAAAUCAACAUAUGAUUAUUUAGAUGCACUAAAAAUGAUUACUUCAAUAGAAUCAUUUCAACCAUAUUUUCAAAAAAAUGUUAUACCAAUAAUUGCUGAUUGGCCAGGACAGUAUUUUAUUCGGAAAAUUUUGACACAUUAUUAUAAAGAAAUUGAUGCAGAAGAAUUUAAUGCUAUUCCAGUUCCUGACAAUGUUGUCAGAAACUUUUCUUCUAGCAAUAAUCCAGGGUAUAUUUCUACUUACUUCGGAAAGUUUGUGAGUGGUGAAGAAAUCAUCCUGGUCGGCGAACCCAACAGCCAAGAAUAUCUUAAAAAGAAAGAAGAACUAAUCACCAAGCAAUUUGACUGCGACCAGACCAAAAAAGAACUAAAUGAGAUUUUAGGAUUAUGA